AAGUAGGAAUCCCAAUCGAUCACGCGAUCCAUCUUUAAUUGUUGGGGCUCGAUGGUUUUUCUUACCUGCGUCCCCGUUCUCUUCGCCCAUUGGCCAGCGUGGAGGCGAGAGGGAUCCGCUCGCUCAGUUCCUUCCCUUGGCGGGGUUUGACUCGCGGCAGGUUUACGCAUCCAGAAUUGCUGCAUCAUGAUCAUGACUGAAAGUGCUGAUUCUCUAGUUACGGUUUCCAGCCAGGAACUUUGGACUGAAAUCUGUUCAUCUCUGCCAUAUCCAGAUCAGAAUGAAGAGUCCAAUAAUGCAUUUGCAGAUUCCUUUGCAGAUUCUUAUGUUCACGUGAUGGAGGAUCAGAUUGAAGUAACUGGCCCCUCUCUGCAAGUGACUGAGAAGCCCUGGGUACCACUGAAAGAUUCAGAGCUCUACUUGGCAUCUUUAGAGAGAAGAUUAAUGAGAAUAAAGGGUUUGUCUCAGGAAGUGACAUCCAAAGAUAUUCUGCAUACACUUUCUCAGGCUAAGAAAGAAAGUUGGGACAGGUUUCUGCAGGAGAAGUCCGAAUCUGACUUUUAUAUGGAGGGAACGGAUUCUGAUGAGAGUACUUUGGAAUACUUGAAACGUUGGCUACAACCAGAGAAGGUGGCAGUCAGCAGUGAGGAGAUACAGUAUCUCAUCCCCCUUGGCGCUCCUCCUGAGAAGCAAGAGGCUGGAGAAGAUGAAGAACCUACGCCCGUAGAGCAGUAAAUGCAUUCGGACCUUGCCUCUCGCGCAGAUGGCUGUUGGCACUUUGGGUCAAAAUACCAAAAGAAGGAUCGUGUUUGUGGAUUUUUUCUCUCCACCAAAGUUUAUAAUGUACAGAUUCUGAUUUAAAGUCUCAUAAUUGUUGCAGAUUUAAAUGAAGUGGUGUGUAAUUUGUUAAGAUGACAAAACGUGGUAGAAUAACUUAAUCUGGCAAACAGGUUUAAAUCCUCUUGCCUCAAAUGCAGAGAAGGUUUUGCACUUAAACGGUCAUCUAUGGAAAAAUUCUUAGCAAUACUUUCCUCGCAGAAUAUAAUUUCCUUAUUCGCAACUCCCCUGAUUUACCCACGGGUAUCUUUUUCCCAAGUUGGAAAAAAAAACAAAAACACCUCCGAAGACCUGUAGCUUUUCCCCUGGGAAGUGAAAAAUGUCUACCGCCAUUGUUUCUGGCUAAAGGUGAACCACGCCACUGCAAUUUUGUCCUUCGGUGGAAUAAGCACUUCCUAGCAAAAACACAAGAAACGCUAGGUGGGGGAAAAAUGUGCUACUUUGUGUAGCUUUUUUCUGUUACAGCUAUUCCUUUUUUCAUCAUUCAUUUUAUCUAAGGAUUGAUACCAUCUUUUCAAACGUUUAUUUAUUUAUUUUUUUUGCUUUGGGCUAAUAAUUAUUAACCCUUUUUCUUCCUCUUAUUUCUUUUGCUGCAAAAAGUAAAAGACAAUGCAUAAUGAAGAAAAAAACCGGAGCUGUCAGUUGAAUGAAGACAAAGUUUGAUAUAAGGGCAGAACAGAAACACGAGUUUUUGUAGUAAUCCUCCCAUUUCACUUUUUUUUUAAAGAGGAGGGGGAAGACCGCUAGGAGGUAAUUUUCCCAUUCAAUGCUAUAGCAUAGCUUUGGUUUUUCUAUCUCCCCCAUUUUUAUCACCAAGCCUUUAUAGUUUUUGCAUCCAAUUCUUCUUAUCAUUGGUUUGCUGUCUUACUAUAGGCUGUUUUGAGGACUUUUUGAAAAUUUGCUUUUUUUGUUUUUCUUUUCUAUUUCCAUGGAAAUUAUUGUUAACAGCUGUAUAUGGAAAUAAUUGAGGACAGCAACUAUCUGAAUUUCAUUGUUUACCAAUUGGCAAAGUUAUGUAGUCAAACCUGAGAGGCUACACGCCACCUUGAUGGUCUGAGAAAGGAGAAAAAUAACUAUUUUUUAAAAAGAGUGCAACAAUUAUUUGCGUUGGUUUAACUUUAAGGCAGCACAUAAUUAUAUCGGGAAAGUAAUACGAUACUCCCACUUUGGGGGUUUGUUUGGGUUUUGUUUUUUUUUUGCACUGAAAUUCUCAACUGGAAGUUCUGGUGUCUGUUUAAAUGCAUGUCAUUGUUAUUUACCUUGUUUUACAAAAGAGAUCAGGAAAUAAAAGUUCACCAAAUGUAUUAGACAAAAUGUUGAAAACUUGAGAAGUUUACAUAUUAUUUCUUUACUGAAUUGAUUUCAAAUGUAGCCUAUCUGGAUUUUCUGAAUCUGGUAAUAUAAUAUUAAUAGUGGAUUGUAUAGUUUGAUUUUGCUUUGUCUGUAAUCUAAAUAUUGUUUACUUGUAUAAUUAAGACUGUUUGAAAGUU